GUGUAUAGAGACUGUCAAUGCUUUCAAUCUGUAAAUAACAAUGAUUGCUAUAUCAUUUAACAAAAAUUCUUUAAUUAUGUCUGCAGGCUGUGAUGACAGAUCAAAGUUGCAAAUUAAAGAAUUGAAAUUGCAAGAGCCGACGGGGAAAUUUAAAAAAUAUAUAAACAAAUACAGAAUUGUCAGUGCAACUGUAGGCGAAUGGUUUGACAGGUUGACAGUGAAUGUAAUGGUGUACCACUUGAACUAAUUGGAGAGCAUUCCGUUGGCAAUAGCGUACGCAAUCUGCAAUAAAUAAUCAUAAUGUAUGGAUUAAUUCUCGAGAAUUUAGCCGAAUAUAUCAGGCAAGUUUACGGGGAAGAGAAAUGGGAAGAAAUACGUCGACAGGCGGCUGUAGAUCAGCCGAGUUUCAGUGUUCAUCAAGUAUAUCCUGAGAAUUUGAUACCAAGACUUGCAAAAAAAGCCAUUCAAGUACUGGGAGUAUCGGAGAAGGAUUUCUUUGAUCAGAUGGGUGUACAUUUUGUGGGAUUUGUUGGACAGUACGGAUAUGAUCGAGUUUUAUCAGUACUUGGUCGACAUGUUCGAGAUUUUCUCAACGGCCUCGACAAUCUCCAUGAAUACCUCAAAUUCUCUUACCCCAGAAUGCGCGCACCAUCCUUUAUCUGCGAAAAUGAAACCCGUCAAGGCUUGACGUUGCAUUAUCGAAGCAAACGUCGAGGUUUUGUUUAUUACACGAUGGGACAGAUUCGAGAAGUUGCCAGACAUUUUUACCACAAGGAAUUGCAAAUCGAACUUGUCCGGGAAGAAGUGCUGUUCGACACUGUUCAUGUCACCUUUCAAUUGACAUUCGAUAAUCGAGCUUUUACAUUCGCAUCAUUGGCAAUGACUCGAGAAGAAAAACACCUGCCGAUUGGUGCAUCAGUGCUUUUUGAAAUUUUCCCUUUCUGCAUUGUCUUCGGAUCCGACAUGGUAGUGCGAAGUAUUGGUAAUUCAUUGAUGGUGAUUCUUCCUGAAUUAAUUGGAAAAAAAAUCACUCACUGGUUCGAUCUCGUUCGGCCUUUGAUUGCCUUCAAAUUUCAAUCGAUAUUGAAUAGGACCAACAAUAUUUUUGAAUUAGUUUCCGUCGAGCCGAUCCUGACCGAACGACCACCGGAUCGAAAAAGAAAUACCAUAAUGCUGAGUGAUGACAGUCUUAACGCACCUGAUGAUAAAACAUUGAGAUUAAAGGGUCAGAUGAUUUAUAUGGAUAAUUGGAGGAUGAUGAUGUAUCUUGGGACACCUGUCAUGCCGGAUUUAAAUGCAUUAAUUGCUACUGGACUAUACAUCAAUGAUCUUUCGAUGCACGACUUCAGCAGAGACCUGAUGCUCGCUGGAACCCAACAAUCAGUGGAGCUGAAAUUAGCCCUCGACCAAGAGCAGCUGAAGAGCAAGAAAUUGGAGGAAUCGAUGAGGAAAUUAGAUGAAGAGAUGAAGCGCACUGAUGAAUUAUUGUAUCAGAUGAUACCGAAGCAAGUGGCUGAUCGUUUACGUAAUGGCGAGAGUCCCAUUGAUACCUGCGAGAUGUUUGACUCGGUAUCAAUUCUCUUCUCGGAUGUUGUUACAUUUACUGCGAUUUGCAGUCGUCUGACACCGAUGGAAGUUGUGUCAAUGCUCAAUGCCAUGUACUCUUUGUUUGACACAUUGACAGAAAGAAAUCGAGUGUACAAGGUGGAAACGAUUGGAGAUGCUUACAUGGUAGUCUCCGGACACUUGCAGAUUCGGGUUGGAAUUCACAGUGGUACAGUUGUUGCGGGAAUUGUCGGGUUAAAAAUGCCCCGUUACUGCCUCUUCGGUGAUUCUGUUAAUGUUGCAUCCAGAAUGGAAGCAACAAGUGAGGCAAUGCAGAUACACAUAUCGCAGUCAACAAAAGAAUUACUUUCUCCAUCGUACAAAGUUAAGGAACGGGGUGAAAUUCAAGUGAAAGGAAAAGGAUCGAUGAAAACGUAUUGGCUGGAAAAACGGAUAUCCCGAAUGAACAAUCCAAAGAGCAUGAAGAAUCAGAGACCACCGGAAUGGAUGAGCACUGGUGAAAAAUUGACGUCAGAUAGUAAUACUGCUGUUGCAAAUAAAUUAUCUGAUCGAGUACCGUAUAUGGAGACAUUGACGAAAACAUUGUCAAGUAAAAUGUCAUCAUCUGUUCUGUUGAGCUCCACAGGAUUAGCAUCUGACGAGAGACGAAUUUAUUCGCCAAUAACUUUUCAGGACGUGGCCCGACGAUCCGUCGCGAAUUCACCCACCAAGAAUAUUGAUACAAGAGAAAUGCGAUCGAACUCUGUGGGGGCAGUCUCAUCAAUCAUGUGUAAUUCUAAAAAUGUUUUUGGAUCUUUAUUGAGUGAUACACAAGAGCAUUUUCGUCAACAUCGCGAUAACAUGUUAUCAAGAAAUCAGGAUCCACCUGGGGUUCACAGUAGACUUGAUACUAAAUACAGUCUAGUGAACACAUCAUCAGACGUAUCGAUUGAGAGUGCCUGCUCAAAUAAUGGAAAUCAUGAUGGAGGAGUUUCCCUGAAUGACGAGAGUAAAUCAUCAAGACCUCCACAACUUCUUGGGCAACCUGACGAGUGUUGUCCCGGUUUUCCAUCAGCAAAAGGGGGAAAAUCAAAAAUAAAUCAGAGCAAUACCUGUUGCAUUUGUUGAUUAUCAACAAAAACUUCAGCGCACAUUCAUCCUGAUGAAUCAGUUAACGCAUCGACCGUACAUGCGGAUUGUUUAACUCACUGUUGUGUUUAGAACUUAUCGCAAAUACAUUAUUCGUAUUAAUGUAUCAGUACUGUGUGUAUUACAAUUAUAUACAGUUUUUUCUUGUUGCAAUCAAUAACGUGGCCAGAUGUAUGUAUUGUUAGGUUGUCUAGAGUUGAAUACGAGAGAUGAAUGUUAUGUACGAUUUAGAAGAAUUCCAGUGUAUUGUGUACAAUAGUACAGUACGACUGGAUGGCUCGAAAGACUCAGUAUUUUUCAAGCUCAGCUCAUACAGCCAUUGUUAUCACCGAGAAAUAAUUUCCAGACUCUUCCGUAAAAAUCAUUCCCACCCACUUCCACUAGAAAAAAAUCCACAAGUAAAAAACGAUGAAUAAUAUUUUUAUAGACCAUUUUUACCAACCCAUAGUGAAAAUAAAACACUUGUGAAUAAUCAAUAAUUUCCAUUUAUCCCCGCACAAUGCAAAAUUACACACUGCUGUCCAAUUCGAUGAAAUUUUCUCAUCAUUUUUUCCUGUCUGAGUGGCAGUGCGUAUGCAUGGAAAUGUGGAAAGGUAAACCUCGAAUAUUUACGUUAGAUCGUGAUCGUACGUUAUAUGAAUGUUGAUGCAGUUAAAUAAAAAACAAAUAGUGACGUAGUGGACGAACCGAUGAGUUGAAA